AGCUCCUUUGUUGUGCUUUCCAUGGGAGUACUUGCAAAGAUGGAUGAAUUCUGAAAAAAAUUUCUAUGGUACAGAUGGGUCACAGAAACCAAAUUCUGCGUUUAUUUACACAUUUGCAAGUUCCUUGUUCUGUUUGUUCUCUAGGAAAUUCACAUGUGUACAAUUAUGAGUACAGAGCUUUUUCUUGUUGCAAAUGUUUUGUAAAGGUAUUUUUUAUUAUUAAAUUACUUGAGGAAAAACUACACCAGUUUUUUACAUUUUUCUAGAAUCAUCCAAAACCUAUAAAACAAGGAUUCAUAAAACUUUACAAUAAUAUAUUGGCAACAGGGUGACAAAGAUGCCUGGUUUCUUCUGUGAUCUAUUUUCUUUUUCUCAAGGAAUGGGGGUCCUUUCCAAAACUUACUUUGUAGGUCUUUUAACUUUUUAAAAUUCUGAAUACUGCCUUUGGUUUGGUCUGUUUGAUGGAAUAUUUUUUGGAGAAUAUGUUAGAAGUAUCUAAAAGAAUUUAGAAAACUAAAAUUAAAGCUUUACUAACACUGCAUUUGUAAAUUUACCCUGAUCAUAACCUGCUUGUUGCCAAAGAUGUGAUAUUGUUACUCCCUUACUAGACGGGCAGAGUUGCAGUAAUGAUGCCAAUUAGUUCUUUGCAACAGGUCAUAGGAGAGGAGGCACCUGUGAAUAAACAUGAUAUUUGCAUAUUUUAGCAAUAAACAGACUUCAAUGAGGAAGUGAAUUUUGCUGAAUUAAUAAUGUAUAAUAUUAAUGGCAGCUGUGUGCUGUACUCACUGCCCUGUUUUGCUUGAGUACUUUACAAGGUGAACAGAGAAAAACCUGUAUCUGUUAAAGACUGAGAUACAUGCACAUCUUUGGCUCCAUUCCUUCUGGAAAUGUAUCUCUUACCUUCUCCACAGGUACGGAAUAAUACAAAAUGAAUGAAAAGUCCUUUUUGUUUUUCCUGUGCAAAUGCAGGUCACUGCAAUGAGACUUUAAUAAAAAAAAUUUUGAGCCCUCACUUUCUCCUUUAAACUGAGAAAUAACAUUAUUCCUCCUCUCUGUUUUCUGCUUGUUACAUUUUGUUCGCUUUCUUUUUUCUUCUGCUUGCUCUGGCACUGGUGCUGAAUGUUGAUGAGAGGAAAACUUGACUCACUUCCAAGAAGUCAUUUGCAGUGAUUCCUUCUAGUACUAUCUUUAUUUGAUUCACUGGCCUGAUGCACAGGUUCCAGGUAAAAGCAAUCGAGAGGUCCGAGCUGAAACCUGGAGAGCCAUGGAAGAGCUCUAUGAGAAAGGUUUAUGUAAAUCAAUUGGCGUAAGCAAUUUUCUUAUCAGCCAUCUUGAGCAACUAAAGGAGGACUGUGUGAUUACUCCACAUGUUAAUCAGGUUGAAUACCACCCUUUUCAAAGACCUCAGGAGCUGGUUGAUUAUUGUAGGAGCAGAAAUAUUGUUUUUGAAGGCUACUGUCCUUUAGCCAAAGGUGAAGCACUCACCCAUCCUACUGUCAUUCAGCUGGCAAAGAAGUAUGGCAGAACUCCAGCACAGAUUUGCAUACGCUGGAGCAUACAGAAUGGGAUUGUCACUAUUCCAAAGUCAACAAAGGCAGAACGGAUAGAGGAAAACUGCAAGGUGUUUGAUUUUACAAUAACAGAAGAUGAUGUUGAAAUUCUGAAUGGAAUGCAUGAUGGGAGACAUGUUUCCUGGGAUCCAAGUUUUAUUGUGUGAAUCAAGGUUUUUGAUUCUAAUCUGAGGAAAGAAGACAUGAAAUUUUUGAACACUGAAUAACAACAGAAAAUUAAUUUAUCUAACCUAUUCCCUGUGGAAAGAAUAAUUUAAAACCAGAUUGUUCUAAACUGGAAAAGCAAUGUAACUGGAACAUUGAUUAAUUUUAAAUUGAACAAUAAAUCUGAAUUGUUCUCUUAGGUACUCAGUAUACUCAAGAAUCAGAAUAAAUGGUUUGUAGUUACUCUUAUGUAACAAAUUAAUAAAAUAAUUUAAUUUA